UUGGAACCGAACUCUGUUAACAUGCAAUACAACCCCCUGCUGGCGCUUCUUUCGUGCCUUGCAAGUCGUACAUAAAACAUGUCUCGCUUCGUGCUAUUAACGCUAGUCUGCCUUGCAUUUUUUAAUAAAGAUGCAUUAUCAAGUGGACUGUUUGGCGAGGGUGGCGAAGGUGGCCCGCUAGAAGGGGCUUUGGAAGAUAAACCCAUACUCAGGGCAUUACUGAUGAAACAAAUUAUCGGUAAUGUAGGCGGUGGUACUGGUGCGCCGCUCCCCAUAUUGCGGGCACUGAUGAAUGGUCAGACUCCACCACCAAUAGUACGAGCGAUGAUAGCUAAACGUGUUAUGGAGAAUACCGGCGAAGAUGGACCCCUUCUCCUCAAACUGUUGGUCUUCCGUAAAGUUGCCGGUGAAUUGGGAAUGCAAAUUAUAGAAGGGCUGAGGGCGAGGAAACAGUCUGAUAGAGUAUACACGUUCGCUUUAACUCCACUGUGUGACUGUGCUCUGGAAUACAUUGAUGAUGAAGGUGCAAUGAAGGGGUUUUCUAUAGACCUCAUUAAUGCAGUUUGCGAGGAAGCUGGAAGGAACUGUGAAACACAAUACGACCACAAUUCCAACUGUUUUGCCCAUGAUGAUAAUCAUUUUUUGCUCGGCGAAGGCCUUAUAUCCAAACAAUAUGACGUUUGCAUGUCUUGGUUUAAAACAAAGGAUCGUACACACGUAGCGGCAUUUACGGAGCCAUAUUGGAAAACUGACAACAUAUACAAUUUGUACGUACCAUCCGACAAUCCUAAUGAAUUCGACGAAAACAAUAUUGCUGGAAAGAAAAUCGGUUUCAUGGAUGGGUGGACUGGGGGUCAUACAUGCCUUGAAGACGUGGCAGGUGCAGAUACGAUGACGCAAGAAUAUAUCAUUCAAAUGAAAGACUUGUUUAACAAAUUAAGAAAUGGAGAGCUGGAUGCUGCGUUCGUGCUUGAUGGGUUUGCAAAGAAUUAUCUUAAAAAUGGAUUCCAGAAGAUUGGAAAAGGCAUCAAAUGUGCAGAGCCAGGUAUUACUCAUGCUAUUGCCAGGAAGGACAAUGACGUCACUGACUGGUUCAGUGAAACGUUGAGAGAGAUGAAGACGAACGGAAAGUAUUAUGGUCUGUGUAACAAGGCUAAACGGGAUCACGGUUCGAAGGGACCAAUUAACUGUGUCGUCGAAGGCGAAGAGGUCAUUGAAUUUCCCAAGAUCAAGUGUGGCGAAGGAUGCUGGGUUUAAAUAAAAUGUAUCUUAUUGGCUAUA